CUGCCUAGCGCAGUGUAGGGAAACUCUAGGCGGGGUGAAAGUUCAGCCCAUGGAGCGGCAGUGAGCGAGCGCUAGCUGCAGUUUGAGCAGAGUUGGAAAUGUGAAAGCAAGAAGCGGGCUUGCUUUUUUUUUUCUCCUCUCCCUCCCCCCUUCCUCCUCCUCCUCCUCCUCCUCCUCCUCUCCUCCUCCUCCUCCUCCCCUCCUCCUCCUCUCUUUCUCUCUCUCCCUCUCUUUUCUCUUUUUUCACACACACACGCACACCUCCAAACCACACACACACACACACACACACUCACACAAGCACGCACGCACACACACAUACACACACACACACACACACACACACACUCACACACAAGUCCCCCACAGCAGUUAUGUAUUCUCCGCUCUGUCUCACCCAGGAUGAAUUUCAUCCCUUCAUCGAAGCACUUCUGCCCCACGUCCGAGCGUUCGCGUACACGUGGUUCAACCUACAAGCCCGAAAACGAAAAUACUUUAAAAAACACGAGAAGCGCAUGUCAAAAGAGGAAGAGAGAGCGGUGAAGGAUGAGUUGCUAAGUGAGAAACCUGAAGUCAAACAGAAAUGGGCAUCCAGACUUCUGGCCAAAUUACGGAAAGACAUCCGACCUGAGUAUCGCGAGGAUUUUGUUCUCACGGUUACGGGGAAAAAGCCUCCGUGUUGUGUUCUUUCUAACCCAGACCAGAAAGGCAAGAUGCGAAGAAUUGACUGCCUUCGCCAGGCAGAUAAAGUCUGGAGGUUGGACCUUGUGAUGGUGAUUUUAUUUAAAGGUAUUCCACUUGAAAGUACUGACGGAGAGCGCCUUGUAAAGUCCCCACAAUGCUCAAACCCAGGGCUGUGUGUCCAGCCCCAUCACAUAGGAGUUUCUGUUAAGGAACUCGAUUUAUAUUUGGCAUAUUUUGUUCACGCAGCAGACUCGAGUCAAUCUGAAAGUCCCAGCCAGCCAAGUGAAGCCGACAUCAAGGACCAGCCAGAAAAUGGACAUUUGGGCUUCCAAGACAGUUUCGUCACAUCGGGGGUUUUCAGUGUGACCGAGCUAGUCAGAGUGUCCCAGACACCGAUAGCUGCAGGAACUGGCCCCAAUUUCUCUCUCUCUGAUUUGGAAAGUUCUUCCUACUACAGCAUGAGCCCAGGAGCAAUGAGGAGGUCUUUACCCAGUACAUCCUCGACCAGCUCGACGAAGCGCCUCAAAUCUGUGGAGGACGAAAUGGACAGUCCUGGUGAAGAGCCCUUUUAUACAAGCCAAGGACGCUCCCCAGGCAGUGGCAGCCAGUCAAGUGGAUGGCAUGAAGUAGAGCCAGGCAUGCCGUCGCCAACCACACUAAAGAAGUCAGAGAAGUCUGGUUUCAGCAGCCCCUCACCGUCGCAGACCUCCUCCCUGGGAACGGCAUUCACACAGCAUCAUCGGCCUGUCAUUACAGGACCCAGAGCAAGUCCACACGCGACCCCAUCAACUCUACAUUUCCCGACAUCUCCCAUUAUCCAGCAGCCCGGGCCCUACUUCUCACACCCGGCAAUCCGCUACCAUCCUCAGGAGACGCUGAAAGAGUUUGUCCAACUUGUCUGUCCCGAUGCUGGUCAGCAGGCCGGACAGGUGGGGUUCCUCAAUCCCAAUGGUAGCAGCCAAGGCAAGGUGCACAAUCCGUUCCUUCCCACCCCAAUGUUGCCACCGCCACCUCCGCCACCAAUGGCCAGGCCUGUGCCUCUGCCCGUGCCAGACACAAAGCCUCCGACCACAUCGACAGAAGGAGGUGCCACCUCGCCCACCUCACCGACCUACUCGACACCCAGCACCUCCCCCGCAAACCGAUUCGUCAGUGUUGGACCCCGGGAUCCAAGCUUUGUAAAUAUCCCUCAACAGACACAGUCCUGGUACCUGGGAUAAAAGUCACAGCAUCCCACCAUCCACCAGACAGACCACCGGACCCCUUCUCAACUCUGUAACGCGGAAGCAGCAGCAGCGCAGCUCAGUUUCUUCAUUGUCCAGCGGAAGGGGAGACAAAACAGAUUCAGAAAAACCAGUACAUGGAAAAAUGGCGAGCGUUGCGGUCCAACAGCCAAGGCCGUAACCUCUUUGGGAUUAGAAUUUUUUUUUUCAACCACCUUAGGGACUGUUGUAAUUUUCUCACAUGGUGCUUGAAAUGAUUUGGCUUUGUCGCAUUGGAGUGUUUCGCUGGUAGUGUGAGUUGUAGGCGACGCCGGGGGGAGAGGGAAGCCGGUCUGCUGUCAUGUGCUGCCUUCCUCGCUGUCCCCCACUUUCCAUUCGGAGCCCAGCUGUUUCACGGUCUUGACACCCCUUGACCCAUACAGAUGCGUCCGCCUUUCUGAGCACUCGCGAGGCCCGCCGCAACUAAAACUUUCGUAGUCGCUGAAAUCUGCAAUAUGUAACUUACAGGACAGACGAUAGGGCAUGUUCUUCUGUAACAUAUCGGGGGAAAAAAAGAUGCAGUGAGUUCCCUUCUGGGGGGGUUGAUUUUUGUCCUACGGUCAGCAGUUUAAAUGCGUAACAUGACCCAUAAAGGAUGGCGAGUCCACUCACGUUGCAGAGAUACCCAGAAAUGACAAACUACUACUAUAGUCAUCAUGUUUUGGUUUUUUUUUUUUUUUAAAGUUUGAAAUGCUGCACUUACAUUAGAACAUUGUGGGUUUUUUUUUCCAACAAUUUUCAACAAUUACACAAAUUCACGUGGAAAUGGGGAAGAUGGUCUGUUUUGACAGAAACUGACAGGAAUCAAUCAAAACAAUCGAAUUUUGAAUUGAGUUAAGUGCAAUUUCAUUGGAUAGCUAAAUAUCUUUGUAAGAUAGAGAUUGUUGAAAAUUCUAUUUUUGUUUUCCAAGUCCUUCUACCCCAGGACUCUAAAUUAUUGGGGUAAAAAAACAGCCUUGCAAGAAAAAAAGGGGAGCUAUUUUUGCUUUUUAUGUUUUUUAUUGUUAAACUUGUAUCCCUUUAAAAACUGAAGGAAAAUUAAAAAAAAAAAAACAAAAAAAUACAAUCUAAUGGUGCUUUUACCACAAUAUGUUAACUACAUUAAAUGCUAAUUAAUUAUUUUCUUUUAUCAAAGCACAUAAAAAUUAAGUCAUGGUAUCUGUUAAUUUUAUAAGCUAAAAGUCACUUAUAAUGGAUUAUGCCAAUUUUGAAAAAAAAAAUUGACACGUUUCUGGACACCUAGGGUGUAUCAGUUCUUGGCCACUUCAAGUCCCAGAGAGCAUCCAGAGGUUUGAAACACCUUGAUGUCCUACGUUUUCCUGGACAGACUACAGAGAGAAAUGACAAAGAUGCUGGUGUCCAUUCUGAUUGAGGGCACUUGUUGGGAAAAAAAGGGAAAAAAAUUCGCACCCCCAAAUGUCCUGUAUCUUAUGUACAAAAGUCAAACGAGGCAAAAAAAAAUGCAGAAAAAAAUGAGAACAAAAUAGAGUGCAAGUGAUUUUUUUCUACCAGACAGCGAAGCACCCAAUGCUUCCCCAGGCGACUUUCAGAAGGUUUCCUAGACUAUACAUAUAUAUACGUUCUGAUUGGCGCAUCUGGCUAAUCAGAGAAAAUCUGUGCAUGUUCUAGUGUUAGUAACUAAUUUUUAUAUAGUUAAUGUAGGAUAAAGUAGAGUACAUUAAGACACAAUAUUGUAACCCUAUUCCAGGCACUUACUUGCCUUUAAACCUUGUUUGUUCAGCCCUUGAGAAGGGUUCCUACUACUGUCCUAUACAAUCAAGUAUCUGAAAUUCUUGGGAAGUCACUUUUGCUCAUCUUUUCCCUGAAACAAUGUUGGUUGUUUGUUUUAUUUUUUUUCCUCCUUGAUUUGCACGAAACAAAUGAAAAAAAAAUUCCAUAUCAAUGUGCCUUGCCCUGGAUAGCGAUUAUUUCUGAAAUUGUUGCACACGUUCCUCGAAUCGAAAGGGUUUUUUUCCCUGGUCAAGCAUUUGGAGACACUUUUUUUGUAAAUGUGACUUUGACGUCCGCCAUCGUCAGUUUCCACUUCUAGAACCUAAGUAGCGUGUUAGUUGUUCCGCAGAUAGGAGUAGUGUGUAUUGUCUGGUGUGGUCAGUGGCAGUGCUAUUCUGAGAUCUGUAGAUGCUAGAGAAAAAAAAUCAGUAUUUUGGGAUGUUGCUGCAUUGGACAUUUUAUUUUGGAGUCUUCCUUUAUUUUGUUUUAUUUCCCAGAUAUAUGAAAAUAUGCAAUACCUGCUUAUAUCAUGUAGAAAUGCUUAGUGGUGAUCGAUUUUUCUUUUGAUUUUUUUUAUUUGACCAAAGUCAGUGCUGCAGUUGACGCAGUGUGUUUUCGGUGUUUGUCUUUGUCCUUUUUUUGCGAAUUUUGAAUGCACGGAGGCAGGAAGGGCUCCCUUUAGAGUAGCAGUCAAACUGUGAAGCACUAAGCUGACCCUGCUUCAAGCAAUUUUUUUUUCUUUUUACAACUAUUCCUUUCACAAGCAAGCCUUAAAAAAAUAGCGUUUAAAAAAAACACAACAAAAAAACCAACCUUCCUUUUUCUUCAGAUCCCCACACCCCAUUUUUCUUAGCAGACCAGUUGAUCCACAUUCAAUAAAUAUAAUAAUGCCCAUUUUUAUAUGCACGUUUUUAAACUUCCAAGUUUGGAGAAAGAAAAAUAAAUAAUUGUUUACUGGUUCUCUCUAUUUAAGGAAAAAAAAUAAAACAUUUUGGACUUUGAUACGUGUCUGGUAAGUGGUCGAGUAGUUUGUUGGGCUUUGUUGUGUUGUGUGAGAGUUAGUGUACAGUUUCAUUCCCUGUAGCCAGCAUUCUUUGCCUUCCCCCUAAUAGCACUUAGCAGGGCAUUACUUUGUGAUGACAUUAUGUGCACUAUGAAAAAUAAAUAAAUAAAUUUGCAGCUUACAGUGCUUCACAGUGAAGGGAAAAAAAAAAAAAGAACAGCAAAAAGCCUAGACAGACAUUUUGUCAGAACCUUUGCUUUAAGCUGAGGUGUUACCAGUGAAAUUGGUCUGUACAUACGAUGAAAUUGCACCCUUUUUUUUUUAAAUGAAAAAAGAAAAAAAAAAACAAAAAACAAAAAAAAAGACGAAUCCACCGAAGCAAUAGUUGGGGCAGGUCCAGUGAUUUGGGGCGAGCUGCUUGAGAGCGAGAGAGCAAGAGAGACUCCAUUGCUCCCCCUCAGAAGAUAAUGUAAUUUGUAUGUUGUAUAGUUUUAUGGAUUUGUUUGACCCUAUUUUAUAAUGCAGGACUUUUGUAAUGUUGUUUAAAUGAGGAAAAAGAAAUCUGUCCAAUUAGCCUAGUGGAAUUUCUGAUUGUUUGUUAUAAAGGCAGCGUUCAUAGAAUUGCUUUUUCUCUUUAUUUUUAAUUUUUUUUUCAUUGCUGUUGGGUGUCCCUCACCCCUCUUUUUUUGGGGAACUGGAUUUAAGUUGAAAACUUUCCUGUUUCCUUUUUUAUGUAUGUAUUUAAAUACAGUUAUUUUUCUUCUCUUGAUAAUAUAGCAUAUCCCUAUGCUUCAGAAGUGUAGGCUACUGGAGACCCAUUGUAAAUGGACAUUACAGGUAUGCUGUUUUAUUUUAUUUUUUUUCCUCUUGAAGAUACUUUGUCAUAUUUGAGUUCGAUGAAGCCGGAGUUAGGGAACUCUGAAACCCAUUUGCAGAAACAAACAAACAAAAACGUUUUCAAGGCUUUGAAACAUUAGGGAGGCAGGUUAGGGUCAUAAGUGAGAGGGGUUGUGGAGUGGUAAUGGAAACACACUCAAUGACACUUUUUUUGUUCACUGUAUCUUCAUCCAGCCAAGGACAGUUGGGUUGUGACCAGACAGAAAACAAGGGAGAGAGGAAACAGGGUCCGAUUCCUCAGAAUCAUAGCCAAGAAUGGAGACUGGAGGAAGGCCUGGGAGUGUGCAGUCCGCAGGGCUUCAGAGCUGGCGGGAUCCAGGAGACAGGCUUGAGUCUUGGACUGGGAAACAUGCGGGAUUUCUCUCCCUCACUCACCUGUCCAUGCCAAUUCUAAAUCUGUGAUUCUAGAACACUAUGACAAUUAGGAAAAAUGUCCCACAACUAACUUUUCCUGUUUCUUGUCUUCCUCUGGGAUCUAAGCCAGAGGCCCAAACACUAAAUUGCUCCAGCCUCUUUCAUCCCAAUCUCCCACCAAUCUCUAGGUUUUCUUACCCAUCGCUAUCACUUGACCCUUCUCCCCGUCCCUUCUCCCCUCACCUUCCCCCAGCUCCCAGCUCUUAGAUGUUUCUCCUGCUUGAAUUAAGUAAGCAUUUGCUUGUCUCCUGCUGCACACCCCAGCCAUGCAGUUACUAAUUUAUUGGCUUUCUUUUCCAUCAGCUCCAAGUUAGUUUAAGUAGACAUGAUACGCUUUCCUCAGCCUCAGUCUCUGUUGGAUUCCUUCCCUGAAGGUGGAAGGGGAGAAAGGGCCCCCCCACCCCACCCCAAAUGAAAAUAUGUUCCUGGACUCACAGUAUUCAGUCAGCCCACAGGAAUAUGCAAAAAACAAAAACAAACAAAAAAAGCAACCCUCUUAAAAAUUCCUCCUUCACUUGGUUUUGUUUUGUUUGCGUCAGUAUAUUUUGCAGCUUUGUAGUAGCAGUGUUAUUAAAUAUUUACUGUACAAAUCUGGAUUUGUGGCCUAAAGUCAACAAUAACAUCGAAACCCGGUUUUUCCUUGUGAUUUUGUUUUGAACCGCAAGGAAUGUCAGUGAAUAUCGUACUUUGCAUGUGUCUCUGGAAAUAUCUUUUUGGUUGUUGUUAGCAGUGGUGGUUUCUUUCCUUACUUCUCGCCUUUUUUUUUUUCUUCUCCUUCUUUAUUUGAGUUCUUUUUAUUUUUUUGGUCAAAGGCCUCCAUAGAACAAAUUGCAAACAGAACUGGCAUAGUUGUGUGAGGACAGCUUCCAUGGCACCUAAAACAAAAACAAAACCCCCAACCAACCAGUCCACUUUACUUAGGAGAUGUCUCAGGAAGCCGCAGCCCUGCCGACCAAACAGGGCUGUCAUGAACAUCAGCUUCCCAAGGCCCAUUUUGGUCUUGAAGUCAGUGCGUGGACCUCCUGGUGGACAGUCCCGUGACUCUGCUUCCCUCCAUCCGGUCCAAGGCUAUGCUCCUGUCUCAUCGGCGUCUUGCAUCCGUCCCCUUUUUUUUUCUUUUCGCCAGUUUAAAAAAUAAAAAAAGGCAGUGGGAGGAGAACGUCUUUGAUCUAUAGCAGGUAACAUUGAAGCUGUUUCGUGGCACUUAACUGUAGUGAAGACUCUGUCGCCACUUCUGAGAUCAAUCUAACGUUUAAUGCAAAUCCAUUACAUGGUGCUAUUACAGGCUGGCAAAAUGAUUUACGAAAAGAAAAAAAAAAACAAAAAACGUGACAACUUGGGCUCGUUUCAAUCUGCUUUCCCACAAUGUAAAUGCAUAGCAGUGGUUUUCUGCAUGAGAACUAUGCACUAACCUUACCCGAAGAAAACAAAUAUAUCCGCGUUGGUAUCUCUUUCCCUUCCGUUGACUCCGGUCCUUGCCUUUUUGGUCAUUGUUAUGAUGCCAGCUUUAGGACAGAAUGAAUUAUAAGAAAAACCAGCAUAAUACCUGAUAUAUUAAAAAUGUAGUGCCUGUGAAAUCUGUAUUAUAUUGCUCUUCUGAAGUAAGAUUGUUUUCUACACCGGUAGCCUUUGCUGUCUGUCAGGACCUUCUGGUAUAGGUGAUGUAAGAUAACCAUACAAUAUAAAUGCAUGCUAUUCCAUAAUGCUUAGAGAGCUGUAUGAAUAUUACUCCAAGUUAUGUUAGUCUUUUUUUCUGACUUGGUUCUUGUCAGAUAGGUUUAAAGAUAUUUCACUGAGAACGCAAAUUCUGUCUCUUUUCUUGAUUUUGGGGUGUUUUCAGUAUUUUUGGAGGUAUACAUUUACUUAAAUUCAGUAUUACUUGUGUGGUUUUUUUUUUUCUCUCUCUCUCUCUCUCUUUUCUUUCUAGAGGGCAAGCAUGGGUAUUGAGUUCAGAAAUCAGUGCCUGGCAAGAUUUUUGUCUCAAAAAACCACCAUGUGACUCCCAAGAACUCUGUUUAGGAGGAUACACAUAAGCAUUUCGAUAUAAGGGGUUAUUUUUCUCUUACCCCUUAACUGAAUAUGCUAAUGUGGGAAGUGAUUUCCUAAUGGACAGUGUUCAACCAAGUACCCAUGCUUGGCCCUUUUUCACACCAGACCUCUUCAUAUUAAAAAGAAAAAAACCUUAAAAAAAAUUCAUGUGGCUAUUUAGUUUCAUGCACAGUUGCAAUAUUUUCCUUCAAAAAAAAAUUAAACUCUGUACAAACUCUGGGCCCUUUUCUUGAGAGAAAAAAAAAAUUUUGCUAUUAACACGGGAUUUUUAAAAAAUUAUUCUUUCUGGUCUAAAUCUCCAAUGGCUUGCUUCGCAAGUAAAGCAAGUUUUUGUUUUUUCUUUUUCUUUUCCUCCCAUUUUCCUAGCCAGCACCCACCUGCCUUUUAUGCCUUCAGGAGGCCAUGGAGCCCUAUUGGGAAAGGAUCUGGGAAAUGGAGAGAAUAAAUAGUAGAAAUUCCCAUAUUCCAUUAGAAGCAGUUGGGGUAGGGGAAACAUUGUAGCUUUGGUGGGAUAAAGACAAGAGAGCAUCCCAGAGAAGGCCCCAGGCUCCAUGCCGGUCACCACCAGAUUCACAUGUGUACUUAUGACUCUAUAUGAUAAAGAUGAAAACCUUUGAAAAAUUAGUCUGUCCCAUAAGAGAAUAUAGUAGAUGUGCUACCUCUAAUCCAGCAUCUUCACAAAGGAAAAGACUCAGUAUAUCAAAUGGGAACUUUUAUACUUUCUACAGUGGCUUCGAGGACUAACGUGGCUUCUCCUGUUUCCCUUGCCAUUUUUCUUUUAAGCUCAAUUUUUCAAAAGGACAAAACGCUUUCCCUCUCCCUGGUUUGUUCUGUGUCUUUCAAAUGUCUUUUAUUACUAUUACUAUUAUUAUUAUUAUAUUAUUAUUAUAUGAUUGUGAUGCUCAUUAGUCUCCAAAUUAGUAACUUUUUUCUGAAUGACUCAGAAGUACAGAAGAUGACUGGUAAUAUUUUGGGUGGAGGGAUAUGCUGAGUGUGAGGACAGCAGAACGAUGGCCCUUCUUGGUUCAUUUUCUUUUGCUGACGAUUGUCUUCCCACGCUGGGCAGCUAUGGCUGCCACCAUUUUGCUGGCUCAUGAGGUUUAUCAGCCUCUGAUGAGAUCUCACAACGAUGAAAAGUGCCCCCAUCCCUUCCUAGCCCUGAUCCCCUCCUUCAUCUAAGACCUUCCCCCAAAUGCAUUGGUUUUUGUCCACUCAGAUGCCAUGUUUUGUUUUGUUUCAGGUCAAAAGUGGGAGGGGCACAGACUGAAUCUUUUCCGAUAGACGUGUGCAAGAUCAAUUGGCAAACCUCGCCUGCCACCCGUGUUAAUACCAUGGUUUUUCUUUUGUCUUUAUGAGCCGGCCCCUUGUGCCUCUAGUAUAUUUGGAUUGACUUCCAUAGGUACCCUUUUAGUUUGGACUGUGUUCUGUGAAAAUUUGUAAUUGGUUGAGAAUCACCGUGGGCGUCCAUUGUUAUUCAACUAAAAUCUCCACAGGUUUUUCUGAGCUGGUGUGGAUUAGUUUAACUCUUGUAUUCAACCAUUAGUGCUACCACCUUCUCACAUUACAGUACAGUUACUGGAAGCAAGUACUGCAUUUCCUAUGCAACAAAAAAGGAAAAUAAAGAUGCUAAUGCUAACGAG